AUGGAUCCCAGAACAAGACUUGACUAUGCUCUGUUUCAGCUCACACCCACCAGAACCAGAUGCGAGCUGGUGAUUUUCUCCGGUGGAGAGAACGAGAAACUUGCUUCCGGGAUAUUUCAGCCGUUCGUUACGCAUCUCAAGAGCGUCAGAGAUCAGAUUUCUAAAGGUGGAUAUUCCGUCACUCUCCGUCCUCCUUCCGUCUCCGGCGCCGGCGCUCAUUGGUUUACUAAAGUGACGCUCCAGAGAUUUGUGCGAUUCGUGACCACUCCGGAGGUUCUUGAGAGGUCCGUAACAUUAGAGAAGGAGAUAGAGCAGAUCGAGGAUUCGAUUCAGUCUAAUGCAGCCGCCAUUGCCGGCGAAUCAGAAGGAAACGAAUUGGGCAGUAACUGGACUUCUCAGAAAUCUACGGCUUUAUCAAAGGCAAAAAGUGAACCUGAUGGAGACAAUGGGGAAGAAAAUUCUAAGGUUGGUCUUCAGCGUGUUCUAGAGAACCGCAAAGCAGCAUUGUGCAAAGAGCAAGCCAUGGCUUACGCUCGAGCUUUGGUUGUUGGGUUUGAAUUGGACUACAUGGAUGACCUCUUGUCUUUCGCCGAUGCUUUUGGAGCUUCUCGUUUAAGGGAAGCGUGUGUUAACUUUGUGGACUUGUGCAAGAGAAAGAACGAAGAUAGAAUGUGGGUGGACCAAAUCACAGCUAUGCAAGCAUUUCCAAGGGCUGAAUUGUCCUUCAUGGGUGACUCUGGGAUCAUACUUGCUGGUGAAGAGAACGAUUUGUUGAAUGCUACAAACGUCAAGAACGGGAACUCAAUGGAUGCCUCGAGCCAGGGUAGCUUCGAGACUAGCCAAGAAGGGAGAGCUCAAAUGGCAAUGCCGUGGCCAAACCAGUUUCCUCAGUACAUGCAGAACUUCCAAGGACAUGGCUAUCCUCCUUAUAUGUAUCCGGGGAUGCAAGGCCAGUCGCCGUAUUUCCCCGGGAACAUGCAGUGGCCUGUGAACAUGGGGGGAAAUGUGGAGGCAAGUGAGAAGUCUUCCAAGAAGAAAAAGAAGUCUAAGAAGAAGAAGAAGAAGUCGAAGCAAGAUGAUUCCACCGAGGCAAGCGAUGAUUCCAGUGGUGAGACUGAAUCAGAAGACGGAAAUGAAAAGGAGAAACCAUCUAGAAAAGUGGUGAUCCGCAACAUAAAUUAUAUAACUUCAAAGAGGAAUGGAGGUAAAGAGAGUGAUUCAGAGGAGUCCGAGGAAGAAGAAGAAGGGUUUGUGGAUGGAGAUUCCAUCAAGCAGCAAGUAGAAGAAGCCAUUGGUUCAAUGGAGAGACGGCACAAAUCAACCUCACGUCGUCGGAGGAAACACAAAACUCAAAGUGAAGAUGAUGAUUUAGGUAACAAGGAAACUAAAGGGAAUGAUAACUGGAAUGCUUUCCAAAACCUUCUUCUGAAAGACAAAGAUUCAGAUCAAGAAGAGUCACUACGAACAUCUUUACCUCCGUUGGACAUGGAGUCAGAAGUUGUGAGGAAGAGAGAGGCGCCUGUGGAUGAUUCUUUCUUGUUUGCAAAUGUGAAUGAGGAUUGGGGACGAGAAAGCGGUAGCAAGAAACUCGACGCAGGUGAGAAUGUUCGGCUGAUAAGGAGAGAGAGCAACUACGAUGAGGAGAUGUUGAAUCCAGGUAGAAGCGAUGAGUCAAGAAGCUAUUCGCAGGCAGAGAUGUCGAUUUCCGAUGGGAAGCUCAGAGCCAGAGAUGAUGCAGAGGAAGGUUGGUUCAUACGUAACCAAGCAGGUCAAGAAACUGAUCCGAGUCUUGUCAAGUCAUUUGUAGGAGACCAUUUUCAUUUGAGCAAGAGCAGCGAGAGAGAUGUCCUGACGGAUGACUCGUUCAUGAUCCAUUCUCGCGGUGAAGGCCAAGUAGAAGAGUUUCGGUUGAGGACUGACAUGAUGGACUCGGACGUCUAUGGAAUCACACAACAAGAAAACUCUGCACCGGAGAUCAAUCGGCAUGAGCCAGAUGAUCUUUUCAUGGUUCUUGGACGGGAACAAGAUGUUACACCUACAUUGUUACCAUGGACUCCUGAGAUUGAUUACGAGACCAACAACACUUUGGUUCAAGAGACGAGCAAGCUUGAUUUGGAAACCGCUGCAAAGGAACAAACCACAGAUGGUAAAGAAAAGAAAAGCCGUGGCGGCAUUUCCAGGGGGAAGGAUGCAAAGUCGAGAGUAUCAAGUAGACCUGACCCAGCGUCAAAAGCCAAGAGAGCUCCUUGGGGAAGUAGAGCUGCUGCCACCAAAACCAAAUCCGAAAUGGAGGAAGAGAGGAAGAAGAGAAUGGAAGAGCUUUUGAUUCAGAGGCAAAAGAGAAUCGCUGAGAAGAGUUCUGGUGGUAGUGUAACAAGUUCCUUGACGUCCAAGAAAACUCCUACUGCAACCAAAACCGUGAAGAGCUCGGUCAAGAACGAGAAGACUACAGAAGCUGCGCAGUCAAAGGCUAAGCCAGUGAUGAGAAGCUCCACUAUUGAGCGCCUUGCUGCUGCCCGGACCGCACCAAAGGAGCCACAACAAAAACCGGUUAUCAAAAGAACAUCAAAGCCUUUAGGAAACAAGACAGAGAAACCACAGGACAAGAAAUCGAGUAAAAUAGGUCAAUCCGAUGCAAAAAGCCUGGAACUUUCUCGUGACCCGAGUUUCGAAAUCAAGGAAACAGUGGGAGAUUCACAGUCUUACUUGCCGGAGAAGCAAGUUGAUGAACCUCGUGCUGCUGCUGCUUCUUCUGCUGAUGAUUUCAAAGACAUUAAAGAGUUGCAUAGCUUGCCAGACAAAGAAACUGCCAGAGGAACUAAUGAAAUCACCGCCGAUCAUCAGAAAGUACAAGAGCAGAUGGAAAUCCAUGACCACGAAAUCGUGAAGAAGACAUCUAUCUGUGAAGAUAAGCAAAUCACUGCGAAAAGUCGUUCGGAGGAUGUCGUAGAAGUGGAUGCUUCACAGGCGAAACCGGCGUCUCCAAAGAAGUCUGUGACUUUUUCAGAGACAAACAUGGAGGAGAAGUAUUAUUUCUCACCAGCUGUCUCGGAGAUUGACGUCUCGACGCCGCCGGCGAAUGAAACAGAUCAUUCGAGGAAGAAAUGGAACAGUGAAGAGACAUCUCCAAAGGCUACGGCUAAAGUGUUCAGGAAGCUUCUAAUGUUCGGAAGGAAAAACAAGAGUUAG